AUGAGUCAACACGCAAACUUUGACAGAAACACUGUUCGAUCCUGGAUUUCUGCUUGCCACAAAGGUCAUCAAAAUUGUCGGACAAAUUCGGACGUGGUAUUACCCUCCCGUCUCAUCGACGUCUCUAGAACGAACAGUCAUGAUUCUGUUUCCCUACAUAUCCCAUCAGAAGGAGAAAGGGGGUCAUAUGCUGCGCUGAGCUAUUGUUGGGGCGAAGGAGACCGGCCAACAUUAAAAGUCGGCACGCUGAAGGCCUUUCUGCAACGGGUGUGGAUACCUGAUUUGCCAAAGACGUACACCGACGCCAUCGAAGUAAUACGAGCCCUGGGACUGAAAUAUCUUUGGAUCGAUGCCAUUUGCAUCAUACAAGAUGACCCAGCUGACAAAAUUGUCGAGGUUCCUCGCAUGCAUCAAUACUACAGAAACGCACUUUUCGUCAUCUCUGCUACAAAUGCGGAACAUGUGAGAGAAGGGUUUCUCACUCGGAGUGCCGACAUACCCAAGACGUAUCGUCUACCUCAUCUAGGGGUGAUCCAAUCUCGGAUUCAAGAGAUACCCGUCGUAUCCCGAAGCGGGAAGCAUGCGAGAGCCUAUCUUACGGCCGAAAAUAGUGUAUACGCCGCAGGUUCUGGAUCAAUCGCAUCUCGCGGGUGGACCUUGCAAGAGCACGCUCUUCCGGAUGUUCUCCUAGAAUUCCCUUCGCCAGAAGGAUUUGUGUUCUCGUGCGCCACAGAGGAGAAGCAUAAUGAAGGGUUCCGCUAUUCGAGGGCCUCGUACAUCAGCGGUGUCCGUCAGGCGCUCCUAGAGAGAAGAAGACUCCAAGCUCAAGGAAACAGUCCCCCUAUGUUGGACCAGGACUAUGGGAGCUGGAACUCUUACCUUAACACCUCCGAGAAGCGCGGGCACACUCCAGCCGAAACAUUAGCCGCGAUUUUGACUCUUGCCCAGAUGAACAUGCCAGAGAGCCAGAAAUGGAAUUCGACACCCGCGGAUAGGAUAUACGACAGCUGGAAUAGCAUGGUGACUAAUUACGGAUGUCGUAAUCUGAAAGAACAUGGAGACAGAUUAAUUGCCAUAUCUGCACUUGCGGAUGAAUUCAAGCGUUUGUACGGCGAAGUUACGGGCGAGUAUCGCGCGGGCCUUUGGGAAAGGUUCCUGCCGCAUUCUCUGACGUGGGUGGUUCAUGAGACUGGCAUUCGUCCAGCCCCAAACUCUCGAAUUAGUCCAUCAUGGUCGUGGGCUGCUGUCUUUGGAGCGGGCUACUCUUUGCAGUUCUCUCAGCGUCUCAGCGCGAUUUCACUGAUCUCUAUUCUCAAGUGCGAGACCAACCUCUCGGAACCCACAUUGCCCUUCGGGUCGGUGCGACAAGGCACGCUGACCGUGAAGGGCAGAGCUAAGCUGACUGAUACCUGGAAGUCAGAGCUCGACGGGAAGACGUACCUGUACGGCGAAGCGGACUCUGAGGGAAACAAUCGAUGGGUCAUUAGUCUCGACUCCAUGGACCAUAAAAUCUAUAUUGGUGGUCCCGUCUUCAUCCUACCUAUUUUUCUCCUACCUGUGAGGUUCCCGCACGAAGCAUCAAAACCCCCCAAAUAUACUUGUCUAUUGCUGAAACUGAGAGAGGGGAACACCUGCUGCCGGAUAGGGAUUGCAACAUCAUUUUACAUCCACAAAGCCAGCUACGAGGCGUGGAAUGAACGGGUCUUCCGAAUCACCUAG